AUGGAUACUUCUUAAAGCAUCUAAAUCAGCAAGUACUCUCAGUCAGAAGAAGAAAUCAUAAAAGACUUUUUGUAACAAAAAAAAUAUAUAUUUGAAAAGAUAUUACAAAAAGGAGAUUUCUCUGAAGUUGUUUUAGCCCAUUCUGAAAAUCUUAACAAAAAAGUUGCAAUUAAGAUUCUAAAAAAUACUGAUGAGUAAAAUAAGAUCAAUUUUGAAGAGUUCAAAAAGGAAAUAAGAGCAUUUGAGAUGUUAAAGGGAGAAAAAUACAUAUUACCAUUCAUCGAAUAAAUCUAGGAUGAUAAGCUGAACUUAUUCGCAGUUGUCACUGAAUUUUGUGAUAGUAAUUUAGCAUCCAUUUUUAAGCUUAAUAAGCUUGACUUGAAACAAAUCUUAGCUUUGACUUAUUAAUUACUAAGAGGCUUAGUUCUUCUAGAAAAUAAGGGAAUUAUUCUUGGCCAUAUUAAGUCUGAUAACAUUUUAUACAGUAGAUCUAAAAACUAAUUCAUGAUUGCCAAUUCGAGUCAUUAUAAGAUUGAUUAGUAUAAUGAAAAUCAGCAAGGAACAAACUAAAAAUCAAAAUCUCAAGAAGAUUCAGAUAAGUAGAACUAAAAAAAUAUUCUAGUAGAUAUUUACUAAAUUGGAUUACUUGUUAUUGAAGCUUUACUCUAAAGACCUCUUGAAAAUGAAGAAUCACUUAAUUUGAAUGAUUAAGAUUUACUGAAAGUUCUACCAAGCCUUCAAACCUCUGAACACUAUGAAUUCAUUCAUAAUUUUUUUUGUAAAAUGGUAAACAAGGAUAUAUCUUAAAGGCUUUAACCUGAGGAUCUCAUCAAAAAUUUAGAAUAAUUUGGUAUUGAUGAAGCAUCCCUGAAUUAGCUAAUAUUAAAUAAAAGCGUUGAAAAUUAAUCAAAGCCGUUAAAAAGGCUUUUAAUUAAUAAAAGGAAUAUAGAAAAGGACCUCUAUUAAUCAAAUGAUUACUCAUAUGACAUUUUAGAAAUAAAUCUAAGUAAGUACAAGAUAGGGAUAGAAGAAGUUAAUUUAUUGGUAGAAAAAAUGAAAAAAUUUGAUUUGACUAAAUUAAUAAUUAACUUAAGCUACUGGGAUAUUGGUAAUGAUGAAUGCUAAAGCAUAGCAAGUGCUUUAAAAAGCUAUAAAAAUAUUACUGAGUUAAGUCUUAAAUUCAGAAAGAAUUAUUUUGAAGAUGAAGGAAUCUAAUUUAUUGCUGAAUCUAUUUCCAAUUAUGAAAAUAUUUCUCACUUAACUCUCAAUUUCAGGGGAGUUUAUAUGUAGAAAAACAGAAUUGAGGACAUUGCUAAUGCGAUAUCUAAGUAUAAAAAUGUUAUUAGUUUGAAUAUCAAUUUAAGUGAAACUUUCAUCGAUAAUAAAGAAUGCUAAAUUAUAGCAAAUUUUAUAUAGAACUACUAAAAUCUUAUUGAGCUGAAUCUUAAUUUAAGAUAAAAUUCAAUCAAUUUAGAAGGAAUAAAAAGUAUUUCAAACGCUUUAGAGAAGCUUUAAUAUAUUACAAAAUUGAGACUUAAUUUGAUAUUUAAUUCGUUAGGUGAUGAAGAAAUUAAUAACAUAGCUAGUGCUAUUGAGAAAUAUCAAAACUUGACUUAAUUAAUACUUUUAUUUAAUACCAAUAAUAUCACAAGUGAUGGAGCUAAAAGUAUAGCGAAUUCCUUAAAGAAUUACAAAUUAAUUACUGAAUUAUAAAUUUCUUUAUGUGGAAAUUAUAUUAAUCCACAAGGAGCAGAAAGUAUAGCACAGGCUAUUUCAAACUACCAAUACAUUAAUAAGCUUAAUCUUUAAUUCGGCUUUGAUCGUUUUGGAGAUGAAGGUAUUAUACCGAUUGCAAAUGCAAUUAAGAAAUACGAAAAUAUUACUGAUUUGAAGCUUGAUAUAUGUGUUUGUAAUAUGACAACAGAAGGACUAUAGAGUAUUGCUGAUGCUAUCUCCAACUAUCAAAAAUUGAAUUGUUUACAUCUUGAUGUGAGUGACAAUAACAUAAACGAUGAAGGUAUAAAAAGUAUAGCGAACACCAUUUCUAAAUAUCAAAAUCUCCAAGAAUUAGAUUUAACAUUACAUGAUUUUCCCUCUUUAAGCCUUAAUUCCUUUUAGAGUCUUUCAGAUGCAUUUGAAAAUUUAUAAAAAUUGACUAAGUUAAAACUUUAUUUUGGCCACAAUAUUGGUAUUUAAGGGGCAUAAGCUAUUGCUAACGGAAUUAAGGACUACUAAAACGUCUCUGAUUUGACACUUGUAUUUAAGUGUUGCACUAUUUUAGAUGAGGGACCUCAGCACAUUGGAAAUGCCAUACAAAACUACAAAAAGCUAACUAACUUAAAAUUAGUAUUUGAAUAAGACACAGUAUAGGCUUAGGGUGCAAAAAGUAUCGCAAAUGCAAUCAAAAACUUUUAAGAUCUUGAAGAAUUGUCUCUUUAGUUUUUUGAAAAUUAUCUUGAGAAUGAAGGAGUUAAAUAUAUUGCAGAGGCAAUUUAGAAUCUUCAAAAAAUUACUAAGUUAGAUCUUAGCUUCGGCAUAAAUGAAAUUGGUUCUGAGGGAGCAAUCAGUAUUGCAUAAGCAAUUCAGAAUUAUCAAAAUAUUUUUUCACUUUAUAUAAGUUUUUAUAAAAAUGAAAUUGGAGAUGAUGGAGUUAUAAGCAUUGCAAAUGCUAUAGAAAAUUAUAAAUAUCUUGCUUAUUUGAAUCUUGGUUUUGAAAGCAAUAAAUAAAUUAGCAAGAAUGUCAGAGAGAAUAUAAAAAAUAAAUUCAAAAAUUAUGAACCAGGAUUUGGUUUUGAUUAUUACUGA